UUGUUAUCAAUAUUCUCAAAGUAAAAAAAGUACUAGUUCCUCUGCUUUUUACAGUGAGCUUGAAAAAAGAGGCAAUUUCAGAGACACAGAUCAACACUCUCAAAAAUAAUGGCCCGCCGCCGAUGGUACAUUUUAUUCACUUCCCUUUUGUUCUCCGCCGCCGCCGAGGCUUCACGUGGUGCAACCGACGGGUUACCUAUUGUGAGAAAUAUGAGUGAGAUGGCUGAGGAUAGCUACGGUCUUCCUGGUUUAUCUCACAUCACCAUUGCUGGUUCAAUCAUGCACGGUUUUAAGGAGGUUGAAGUGUGGCAUCAAACACUUGGUCCAGGAGCAGGAACACCAAUUCACAGGCAUUCAUGUGAGGAAAUCUUUGUGGUUUUAGAGGGCAGUGGCACUCUUUAUCUUGCCUCUAAUUCACAUCUUAAACAUCCUGGCACCCCUCAACACUUUCCCUUUUCCUCUAACUCUACGUUUCACAUUCCCGUAGACAACGCUCAUCAGGUUGUGAACACCAACCAAGAUCAACAUUUGAAGUUUCUAGUUGUCAUAAGUAAGCCGCCCAUGAAACUGUUCGUAUAUGAUGACUGGUUCAUGCCGCACAUUGCUGCCAAAUUGCUAUUCCCUAUUUUUUGGGACAAAGAGAGUUAUCAAUCGCCUCAAGUGAACGAUGAGCUCUAAAGCUCAAAGCUUCGGAAUUUGAUCCACUCUUGUUUCUGCAAAUGUGUUUCAGUUGAGAAACUUUACAUUUCCCUUAUUUGGCACAAGUUCAUCUGUAAUAACCAGUUGAAAGUAGGUAUUCCUGUCAACUCAUAUAAAUUUGGGCUGUGUUUUACAAAAGUAAUGUUUCCUUCUACCA